AUGUCUUUCGCAUCGAUCCUCUCCCUCCUCUCCGCCCUCGUCCUAUCCUUCACCGUCCUCUCAGCCGGUAUCACUAGACUCAGUUCGCCAAUAACACCGGAGCAGAUCAGCCGGGAGCGAGCUACCUCUUCUAUAAAUCCAAGCACGCUGCGAGAGCUUGUUGGUGUACUGGACGUUCUGUGUAGCAUAAUGCUCUUGGUGCCUCGGAGCAGGAGGCUGGGCGCAGCAAUGGCGUUUGCGCUGCUGGUAUUGGGGCUAGUUUCGAGGAUAAGAGAGGGAAAGUCGGUGGGAAAGUAA